AUGAAGAGGCGGGAGGGGGUAGAUAGGAGUCGACGGAGGGAGCAGCUCUUCUGCACCAUGGCAACCGAUAAAAACAAGGCAAAGCGCGACAACCUUGGCUAUGGCGAUGAGGAAGGGGAGAAUCAACAACGCACCAACAGUCCGUCCGAAGGGGCAUUCGGCACUGUUCGCGGAGGCGAGCGCAAGCCUUUGAGAAAUGUUAAUUUCAAGGCACUUCUCGCCUACAUCAAUCGCUUAGUCGUAAAAAAAUGUCCACAUGCUGCGAGCUUGUGCAAGGGAAAGUGCUACACAAAUAGUUUAGUGCUCGACGCAGAGUAG